AUGGCAAACUUCAAGGGUCAUGCGCUUCCAGGCAGUUUCUUCCUGCUCUUUGGGCUCUGGUGGUCUGUGAAAUACCCACUGAGGCAUCUCAGCCAGAAAGCAAGCAAGAAGUCCCAAAGGAAUUACUGCUUCCAGCGUGUGGAUGCCAUCGAAGGAGCAGUCAAAAUCGUCUUUGCUCUAAUAGGGAUGCUGGCAGAGCAGUUUGUCCCAGACGGUCCACACAUGUACCUCUACAGCGGGGAGAAACGCGACUGGGUGAAGCUGAUGAACUGGCAGCACACCACCAUGUACCUCUUCUACGGACUCUCCGGGGCGGUGGACGUCCUCACCUACCUCUCCCACGUGGUGCCGCGGGGUCUGGACCGCCUCAUGCUCUCUGUGGCUGUGUUCGUCGAAGGUUGUCUCUUCUAUUACCACGUCCUUCACCGCCCCAUGCUCGAUCAGCAUAUCCAUUCCCUCCUGCUCAUCGCCAUAUUUUCAGGGGCCUGCAGCACCAUGCUGGAGGUCUUCCUCUGUGACAACAUUGUCCUGGAGAUGUUCAGAGCUGGUGUCACCAUCAUCCAGGGAACGUGGUUCUGGCAGAUCGGGGUCGUGCUGUUCCAGCCAUGGGGAGGUCCCAUGUGGGAUGAGAGCGACCACGACAACAUCAUGUUCCUCACCAUGUGCUUCUUCUGGCACUGGGCAGCCGCUGUGGUCAUCCUGGCCAUAAACUACACUGUCGCGUAUUCCAGCUGCAUCCAGAGGUGCAGGAGAGGCAGCGGCGAGCCCUACAUCGGUCUCGGAGUCCGGAAACAAAAGUGUGACACGAGCUCCCAGGCUGCUUUCUUAAACGGAUCAGAUGAAGAGUGA